AUGACCGAUCAGGAAACUACUCGUUCACGAACAUUAACAAAAUAUAAAGAACUUAAUGAACAACUACGUGAAUUUCUUAAACAUAUUCUUCUUUUUGAAAAAUCUUCACCAUUAGAUGAACAAAUUAGUUCAAAUAUUAAUGAUAAUGGUGGUAUAUCAUUAUUAGCAAUAAAAAAUGAUUUACUUUUUCAUUAUUUAACUAAUCUUGUUACUGUUAUGUAUCGUCGAUCAACACCAAAUCAAACAUUAAAUAAUUCAUCAACACGUUCAAUUAUAUUACGUCUUUGUGAAAUUCGAACAUUUAUUGAAAAAAUUCGUCCGAUUGAACAAAAAUUACAUUAUCAAAUGGAUAAAUUACUUAAAAAUAAUGUUGAUCAACAAUUAAAUUUUCGUGCUAAUAUAGGAAAUUUUGAUGAAGAUAUGAAUGAAGAUGAAGAAAUGAAUGAUGAAAAACAAGAUGAUAAAGAAAAACCAAAACUAUAUCGACCACCAAAACUUGUACCAGUUGAAUACAAUGAAGAUUUUGAUGAUAAACAAGGAAAAGGAACAACUGAUAAACGUCUUGAACAUCUUAAACGACGUGCUUAUCAUUCAGAUAUAUUAGAAGAUUAUAAAAAUAAAUAUUCCGAUGCACCUGAAGAAAUUUAUAAUAGUGAACGUAGUCGUAUGUCAAAACAAAAUCGAGCAUAUAAAGAAAAGAUUGCUUAUGAAGAAGAAUACAUGAAACGUUUACCACAAACAAAACGUGAACGUGUACAAUUACAACAAUCAAUGAUGCCUAAUGGAAAUGAUAUUAUGGAUCAUAUACAUGAUGCUAGUGUAUUAUUUGAUGAUAAAUCAAAUGGUUCAUCAAAAAAGAAGAAAGGAAAAAUGUCAAGACGAACGAAAAAACGUGUUGAAAAGAAAAAAACAAAAUCAGUUAAAAGACUUAAAUCAAGAAAAUAA